CUGGCGCGUACGAUCCAAGAUGGCGUUGGCCGGUGUUGCCGGGCCGGCGGCGAACGUGUUCCCCUUCCGAGAUGCCCGCGCCGCGCCGGACCCAGUGCUGGAGUCCGGCCCAGGGACACAUGGGCCGCUGCCAGUGCCGCUGGUGUUGGACAACGGGUCGUUCCAGGCCCGCGCUGGCUGGGCGUGCCCCGGGCCGGCCCCGGGUUCCGAGCCGCGCCUGCAGUUCCGCGCUGUGUGCGCCCGCGGGCGUGGCGGGGCCCGGGGCGUGGCUGGCCCGCAGGUGGGCAACGCUCUGGGAAGCCUGGAGCCGCUGCGCUGGAUGCUGCGCUCGCCCUUCGACCGCAACGUGCCGGUCAACCUGGAGCUGCAGGAGCUGUUGCUUGACUAUAGCUUCCAGCACCUGGGUGUCUCCUCACAGGGCUGUGUUGAUCAUCCUAUAGUUUUGACGGAAGCUGUGUGCAACCCACUGUAUUCACGCCAGAUGAUGUCUGAGCUUCUGUUUGAAUGCUACAGGAUUCCUAAAGUUGCCUAUGGAAUAGACAGCCUCUUCAGCUUCUACCACAAUAGGCCAAAGAACAUGAUUUCCAGUGGGCUUAUCAUUUCAUCUGGAUACCAGUGUACACAUAUUUUACCUGUCUUAGAAGGGAGGUUAGAUGCCAAAAACUGCAAACGCAUCAAUCUUGGAGGAAGCCAAGCAGCUGGCUACCUCCAGCGUCUCCUGCAGCUUAAGUAUCCUGGGCAUCUAGCAGCUAUCACUCUCAGCCGCAUGGAGGAGAUCCUGCAUGAGCACAGCUACAUCGCUGAGGAUUAUGUGGAAGAAUUACAGAAAUGGCGGUGCCCUGAUUAUUAUGAAAGUAACGUCCACAAGAUGCAGCUUCCAUUCUCCAGCAAGCUACUUGGCAGCACUCUGACCUCCGAAGAGAGACAGGAAAGGCGACAACAGCAACUGCGGCGGCUGCAGGAGCUCAAUGCCCGCCGGCGGGAGGAGAGACUGCAGCUCGAUCAGGAGAGGCUGGACAGACUGCUCUAUGUGCAGGAGCUUCUAGAGGAUGGCCAGAUGGAUCAGUUUCACAAAGCUCUGAUAGAGCUGAACAUGGACUCCCCAGAAGAGCUGCAGUCCUACAUACAAAAGCUCAGUUUGGCCGUGGAGCAAGCUAAGCAGAAAAUCCUUCAAGCAGAAGUCAACCUUGAGGUGGAUGUGGUGGACAGCAAGCCAGAGGGUAAUACUUAUCUGCCUUUCACAUGGCAGAAAAACAUGGCUGAGAUGUCAUCUAGAACUCCACCCCGACACCCCCCAUACACCCUACCCUGCAAUCCAACUUCUGUUAUCCAGACCCCUGACCUGGAGCAUCUUGAGCCAUCACUGGAAGACGUGGAAAACAUCAAUGAUUUUGAGCCCUUGUUUUCGGAAGAGACGCCUGAGGUGGAGAAGCCAGUCACCACUGUCCAGCCCGUGUUUAACUUGGCAGCGUAUCACCAGCUCUUUGUUGGGACAGAAAGAAUUCGAGCUCCAGAAAUUAUCUUCCAGCCAUCGCUCAUAGGGGAUGAACAGGCUGGGAUAGCAGAGACCCUUCAGUACAUUCUGGACAGGUACCCAAAGGACCUUCAGGAGAUGCUGGUUCAGAAUGUUUUCCUCACUGGCGGCAACAUGAUGUAUCCUGGGAUGAAAGCUAGAAUUGAGAAGGAGCUGUUGGAGAUGAGGCCCUUUCAGUCUGCUUUUCAGGUUCAGCUUGCCUCCAACCCUGUGCUGGACGCCUGGUACGGUGCUCGUGACUGGGCCUUGGACCACCUGGACGACAGCGAGGUCUGGAUCACCAGGAAGGAGUAUGAAGAGAAGGGAGGCGAGUACUUCAAGGAGCACUGCGCCUCCAACAUCUACGUCCCCAUCCGCCUGCCAAAGCAGGCUGCCCGCUGCUCAGAACCCCAGACACCCAGCAAAGGCUUGGGGGCCGGUGCAGGUGGUGCCAGUGAGCAGGUAUAGCAGAGGGGCCCUCCUGGACCUGGGCCAAGUCAGGCAGUGUGACAGGACAGGCUGUGACCACCCUGAGACUCCACACUGGGCUGCGAGGCAGAUUUCUCCUGGAGACCUUGGACCCUUAACUGUUAAGGGACACUAGGCAUUACCCUGUAAACCUGUGACCACUGGGGGCUUCUGCCCUGAAGAAACCUGAAGUGACAUUCUCUUGGACCGUGGCAUCUGCUUCCUGCAGCAGUAACUGAAGGCAGGGUGGAGGGCAAAGGGGUACAAAAUGUAUUGGUUCUUACUGCUUUUGAAAACCUUUUAAAAAAUUAUUUAAAAC